GAUGAUGCCGCUAUGGAUUCCCUCCAUGAUGCCAGGGCUGUUGUGGCUGGUGAACCUACAGACUGGCGCGUCUCUGAAAGCGAAUGGUCCCAAUGUCUGCAGCUACUGGGAAAGCUACCCGACAGCAGUGAAGGAAUCGUACGCCCACCCUUACAGCCAGACCGCCCCCGAUACCUUGUGACAGCACAUGGAGCUACUUCAAGACAUGCACCCCCCACCAAAGAUCAUGUACCGGACAGCAUACCGCCACGGGGUAAAGAUCGACUAUAGGAAGAGGCAUCGUUGCUGCCAGGGAUAUUAUGAGAGCAAUGACGAAUGUGUCCCACAUUGCAGCAGAGAAUGCGUACAUGGCAGGUGUGAGGCACCCGAUCAGUGCCAGUGUGAACCCGGCUGGCGAGGAAAAGACUGCUCCAGUGCCUGUGAACCUCACUUGUGGGGACCAAAGUGCAACAAUUCCUGUAAUUGCCGGAACAAUGGGGUGUGUGACCCCGUUUGGGGCUCCUGCAUCUGUCCCCCGGGGUACAAGGAUUCGUUCUGUGAAAAGCCCUGUGAUCCGGGCACCUAUGGAAUGAAUUGCCUACUGGACUGUCGGUGUAUGAACAACGGCAGCUGCGAACCGCAGAACGGAACGUGCAUCUGUCCGGAAGGAUUUACGGGGCCAUACUGUGAGAUCAGAUGUAAAGAAGUUCAGCCUUCUAAGUACCAAUGCCCAGAGUUUUGCCCAUGUCAGAGCGGAGGCAUCUGUAACCAGAGCAGUGGGGACUGCAGCUGCCCGCCAGGAUGGAUGGGUCCUAUGUGUUCCAUCCCAUGCCCACCUGGACAUUUUGGACCUGGAUGUAAACAGAAAUGCCGUUGUCAUAAUGGGGGCCAGUGUGAUCCAGAAAAUGGGCAAUGUUACUGCUCCUUAGGGUACAUGGGGGAAGGAUGCCUUGAGGAAUGUCCCAUUGGGAAGUACGGAAAGGACUGUACAGAGACGUGUGACUGCGCCAACGCCGUCCGCUGUUACCACGUCGACGGGGCCUGUUUAUGUGAGGCUGGCUUCUUAGGGGCCACAUGUGAGGAAAGAAUGUGCUCAGAUUCCAGAUACGGGCUCCAGUGCCACAUGCCCUGCCAAUGUGAUGCCCAGCACACCAAAACCUGUCACCCAAUGACUGGUGAGUGCACGUGUAAAAUGGGCUGGGCCGGCCUGACCUGCAACGAGACGUGCCCCCAAGGCUACUAUGGAACCAACUGUCAGGAGCCAUGUUUGUGCCUUAAUGGUGGAUCCUGCGACAGCGAAACGGGCCAAUGCCGCUGUGCCCCUGGCUUUACAGGGAAUCAUUGUUCUCAAUUCUGUCCCGAUGAAAAAUUCGGAGAUGGAUGUUCCCAGACAUGCAAGUGUAUAAACCAUUUGGCCUGCUCACCUAUAGAUGGAACCUGUGUGUGUAAAGAAGGGUGGCAGAAAGGGGACUGCUCCGUGCCGUGUCCAAAGGGAAGCUGGGGCUUCAACUGUAACAGGACCUGUGAGUGCGCCAAUGGGGCGUCCUGCAGCCCCGUCACCGGGCACUGCUCCUGUGCAUCGGGGUGGUACGGGGAGAAGUGUGAGCUGCCCUGCAAGGCUGGAAACUAUGGUCCCGGAUGUAGCCAGAGAUGUGAGUGUAAGAACUCUGAUGGCUGUGAUCCUGUCACCGGCAACUGCAAAUGUCUACCUGGAUGGACAGGGGAGCAUUGUGAGAAGUCCUGUAAAGAAGGGUUCUGGGGGAGAAGCUGUACCAUGUCCUGUACGUGUAAGAAUGGGGGGUCCUGCUCCGCAGAGGACGGGUCCUGCACCUGCACUGCUGGGUUCCAGGGCAGCAGCUGUGAGAACAGCUGUCCUCCCGGCCGCUAUGGGAAGAAAUGCACGUUCUACUGCAAAUGUUCCAACCACUCCACAUGUAACCCCAUCGAUGGAUCCUGCAAAUGUUCUCCUGGCUGGAGAGGCAACGACUGCUCUGAGCCCUGUUCUCUGGGAUUUUGGGGGAAGAAUUGCGCCAGUUCCUGUUAUUGUCACUAUGGAGGACGCUGCAGUCCUAUAGACGGGAGGUGUGACUGCCUACCAGGCUGGGCAGGAAAGACGUGCUCUGAAGCUUGUCCUCUUGGACUAUGGGGGAAGGACUGUGCUAAUAGCUGCUACUGCCAAAACGGAGGGCAGUGUAGUGCCACUGAUGGGACCUGUACCUGCCCAGCAGGAUGGAACGGGAAGACGUGCUCUGAAGUCUGCCCCCUAGGGACAUACGGAGAGAACUGCAUGAACAAAUGCAGGUGCCAGAAUGGAGCGGAAUGUGAUCACAUAACUGGGAAGUGCUCCUGUCUGCCGGGGUACCAUGGACCUUACUGUGAUAAUCGGUGCCCUCCUAGGACCUAUGGGCUUAAAUGCUACCAGAUCUGUGAUUGUCUCCAGAAUUCCACCUGUGACCAUGUGACUGGUCAUUGCCAGUGUGAGGCUGGUUGGUCUGGGGCACGUUGUGAAAAAGCUCCCGAUGUCCCGUUUACAAUGGUUCCGAAGACUUCUGUUAGCGUUGACUCCAUUGGACCCAUGAUUGGCAUCAUUUCUUUGGUAAUCUUGUUGGUGGCCCUAAUCGCCUUAUUUCUAGUCUACCGGCACUGGCAGAAAGACAAGGAGAGCCGUAACUUGGCAGUGGCAUACACGUCUACUAGACCGGCCAGCUCUGUGUAUGAAGUCCCAGACGUGCCUCCAAGUUACAUGCACUACUACACCAACCCCAGCUAUCAUACGCUGUCCCAGUGUCUCCCCAACCCACCUCCUGUCCCAAGCAACCAGGACAGACCAGGCAAGAAGAUAAAUCUUCAUGUAUCUAAUGUGCUGAAUGCCGAAAGAGAGAGAAUGAACUCCUACAGUCCAGAACACAAUGCCACUCUGCCAGCUGACUGGAAACAUCAGGCUGCUCCUAAAGGGCGGCAUGGCAUUGACAGAAGUUACAGUGUUGGGGUUUACUAUAAUAAGGGAAAUGAUUAUGUGAAAGACUCUGCACUCAGCAUUAGUAAUAGCUCCUUGAAUAGUGAGAAUCCAUAUGCCACCAUUAAAGAUCUUCCAAUGCUGAUGUCCAGAACCUCAGAGGGGAACUACAUGGAGAUGAAGUCACCUGUCCAUCGGGAAAUGUCCUAUGCAGAGAUUGGACUCUUUGAUGAAGACGCCAUGUACCAAGUGGAUUCACAGGAGCAAGACAGCUUCAUUCUAGGAGCAGCAGCCGCCUCCACCAGUUCUCCUCGUAACAGCCUCCAGACAAACCAUUAUGACUCUCCUAAAAACAGCCACAUUCCCAGCCACUAUGACAUGCCUCCGGUCCGACAGUAUCCGCCAUCGCCAGGAACAAAGCGCAAAGCCCGAUGAUAAUUACCAAGGGACUAUUUUUAUCAAAUAUCCAUAACUGGACCUGAUAAGGCAGCACUGUUGAAGCCCAAGCUGGAACCUGUGGGAUCUUCAUGCAGCGAUUACCUUCCUGAUCUGUGAAAUGACUUGGUGAACAGGAUUAGGUUCCCACUUUUUGCUCGGGGUACAGUUAAGAUGAAUGGAAGGUUCGUCCUCACUGUGAAUGAACUGCAUGGUUGUAAAUCUAUACUGUACUUCAAGUUUGGAGACAGGGCUCUCUAAAGAAAUAUGACUUUAGGUCUUCUAGAAGAUAACUAUGUCAUGAUGGAGGCUGGACUCUCCGAUAGGUCUUUGUUGAAGGCAUCUAACACAUCCAGUCAUAAUAGAAAUGGGACCCAUAAGUGCCAAAAGUGUUCUUGAAGGCAUCUACAGUCUUCUAAUGAUAUAGACUUGUCUGUCAAACAUCUAAACAGACUUCAUCUACAUCCUGUGUAGGUACAGUUCCUUUUAAAUCUUCUUGAAGGCAUCUAAAACAUCUUCUAAUGAUGUGGAAUGGUUAAACAUCCAGUCCUUGCAAAAGUUUCUGGUUCCUUUUGUCCUGAUGGAAAAUGGAUUAUUUCUGGUGAUACCUCUAAAAAAACAUCUACUCCAUGUUCUGGCAGUCGGAGCUGGACUUAAAAUACAUGCAACGUCUAUCUUGAAGACAAUUGCUACAGUUUCUAGUGAUAGAGAAUGGUCUGUUGAAUAUUCUAGACAAUGGACAGUGGAUGGCAUCUUGUCAGGAGUCUGAAAAUAAAUCAUCAUUAAGGCUUCUACUUUAUGUUAAACUGAUGUUGGACUUCUUUAAAGGGGUUCUCUGGGAAUUAAAAAAAAAAUGAAAAUACUUAAAUAUUACUUCAUUAUAAAUAUAUUCCCAAAUACCUUUCAUUAGUUAUAAUGGCUCGCUAUGUCUA